ACAUACAGAAUAAAAUGUCGUCUACUUACUCAGAAACUCAAGUCUCAAACUUUUGCUAGGAUAAUUCUGGAUUUCAUAAUUUUCAGCUUCUAUUAAACGACCAGCUUCACCCUUCGGGCCUUGCUCCCUCAAAGCUUCUUUUAUCAAGUCGCGAGUGAUAACUCCGGGCUCUAUAUCGGCGUGAAUAAUUUGAUGAUUUUCACACAUUAUAAACUGGAGCGUGUCAAUUUCCAGUGAUAAUCAAACUACUUUGACAGCCCCUCAAAAAAAUACAAAGUAGUUUUUGACAGCAUCAUUAUGUAACCAUAGCAACACAAUUCUUGCCUUGAUAUUAUAGUUUGAGUUUGACACAGUAGACGGCACUAUCAUAUGAUCAAACGUGAAUCAGCUAUCAAACCACAAAUAUGUCGUCGUUUUUUGGUGUUGGUGUAAAUCCGUUUACUACACAAGUUGGACAACGAAUAGAACAAGCAACAGACGGCAGCCUAGCGUCCGAGAAUUGGGCUCUGAACAUUGAGAUCUGCGACAUCAUAAACGAGACAGAAGAUGGACAUAAGGAUGCCGUUAAGGCGCUUAGGAAGAGACUUCAGCAGAAUGUCGGCAAAAAUCACACUGUCGUUAUGUACACGUUGACUGUUCUGGAAACGUGCGUGAAAAACUGUGGAAAGCGAUUUCACGUACUCGUUUGUAAUAAAGAGUUCAUUCAAGAACUUGUUAAGCUGAUUGAGCCCUCUUCACCGUCUUGGCUCGAAUCUCUUCCCUCCCCCUUGCAAUCCUUCUCUAAUUCAAUAUCUGCCCGUUUGCCUGUCGAAAAGGGACCCAAAUACGACCCACCCACAUCGGUGCAGGAGAAGGUGUUGAGUCUGAUACAGAGCUGGGCGGAUGCGUUCAAGAAUCAGCCGGAGAUGAAUGGAGUGGUGCAGGUCUAUCAGGAUCUUAAGAAUAAGGGCAUCGAGUUCCCGCCAACUGAUUUGGACGCUAUGGCGCCAAUACACACGCCUCAGAGGAGCAUACCAGAUGGCUCCGACAUACCGGUGGGGGUGCCGGCGCUAGUCGCCCAGCAGGAGGGCACCCUAGGCGUGAGUGCUCCACCUCACAUGACACAUCAGCAGCAGCCCAAUGCAGUGCCUGUGCCUAGGGCGGCAGCCCAACAGUUGGCGCCCGAUCAGAUGGCCAAACUUCGCAAAGAGUUGGAUGUCGUCACUGGCAACAUGAACGUUCUCAAUGAAAUGCUCACCGAACUCACGCCUGGCAAGGAGCAUCCCAGUGAUAUACAGUUGCUCAAGGAGCUGUAUUCGACGUGCAAAGUGAUGCAGCAAAGACUGGUUGAGUUGAUUAGCAAGUUGGCCAAUGAUGAGGUCACAGCCGAACUGCUGCGCAUCAAUGAUCUGCUCAACAAUCUUUUCUUGAGAUACAGUAGAUUCGAGAAGAACUGUGGCAUGGGAAGUCGUGAGUCGGUGCCAACGACCAAUGGCGUGGCAGAUGGUGAGAAGGGAGCGGAGUCACUCAUUGAUCUCAGCGAUGAGGGACUCAAUUCACAACUGUCAGCCCUUUCAAUGGGAGCUACAGCCUCCUCGCAGCUGGCUUCGAUGAGUUCGGUUUCUGCCCAGCAGGGGGCAGCAGCUGUCAACAGUCGCCUGCGCAAAGACGACACAGAAUUCGACAUGUUUGCGCAGUCCAGAAACGCCACCUAUGAGUCCUCCAAAGCCGGAGGAAGCACGUAUGAAGCGAACCUAAAGCCAGACCAGAUCAGUGGAGGUCUAGGGGCUGCCACGGCGGCACGUAACAGUAUUCAAGCGACCCCCUCAACACAACAGAUGCAUAAGGAAAGCGAUUUCGAUGAAAUGGCAGCAUGGCUAGGAGAAGAAGAAAGUGCCCCGCAAGAAUCGCUCACCAGCAGCGAGUUUGACCGUUUUCUGGCCGAGCGAGCCGCGGCUGCCGACGGGGGGGCUACCCCCUCCCGGACCCCUGCACCCCCCACCUCCACCUCCACCGCCAGCCCACGUCACAGAAAGUCGCAAAAGGAAGAGGAGGCCUCAUUGUUCGCCAUGUAAUGUAGGUCGAUAGGUCUAAUCGUUGAAGGUGAUUGGAGUCAGUCUUAGUACCAAAUAAUAUAAUGAGAUUGAUUAAGAGAGUAUAUAUUAUUAUUAUUUAUGGUCAUAAAAUAAUGUGAAUGGUAUUAAUGUUUAUAAAGACCUUGAAAGUGUUAACCCACAAUGUAUCUUUAUUUAUUUUAUGCUCUUAGCUUUACUACUGAAUAUUUGGCAUUUCAAAAACUAUUUCUUGUAGAAUUAAUUUCAAUUUCUUCUCAAAUGAAGGGUUUAUUGUUAUGACAGAAACGUUAAUCAUUAUUUAACUGGGGGUAAGUAAAUUGAAAUUCUAGGGCCGUAUACAUAAUCUAAGUUCAAACGGGAUCGGGGUGGUUUAAGGCUGUGCAAAAGCUAAAAAUAAACUUUUUACUCGUGAUAUUUUUCAAAGUUUUUUGAUUUGUAUAUCGUCAAGCUAUCAAAAUGAAAAAGGUUUCUCAGGAAAACAUUUUUUUUCUGAUC